GGAGGUUUCCCGACCUCGCCUGCUGUCCCCACGCCGCCGCCCGCGCUUCGACCCAGAGAAAAAUAAGCAGUGGGAGUGGAUCUGUGGCUCGAUGUGGCCCCAUAUCUUGUCGCGGGGUCUGCUACUGGCGGUGACACUGGCAGGUAUCGGCAAUGUUGCUGGUGUUCACGUAUACACAGGAGGCAACGUUGAGGCUCGAAAUGGCACUGAGCACCGUUUGAAGUGCUCAUUUCAAUCCAGCUCCCCUGUUGGGAAACGGACCACAGUUACUUGGUCCUUCCGACCUGACAACGGAGGCACUGAGGAAGUUGUCAUGUAUUAUCAUGAGCAACCCUAUCCAGCUUCAGGAGGACGGUUUAAGGGACGGGUGGUGUGGUCGGGGAACAUUUGGAGUAAGGAUGUAUCGAUUACCAUCACUGACCUACGCUUUUCAGACAACGGAACCUUUCUGUGCGCGGUGCUGAACCCACCUGAUGUGGACCUGGUCAUUGGUGAAGUCAAACUUUCUGUUGUACAUAAAGUCACUUACUCAGAGAUGCUGAUCUUGGGGAUUGUGAUUGGAGGAGCCACAGGGCUGGUGGUCCUGAUCGUGAUGGUAAUGGUUACUGUGCAGCUUUGCCGGAAAGUGAGGGAGUCCCCGGAUGAAGAGGAGGUGGAGCAGGAGCCGUGGAAAGGGGAGCGAGGACAUGAAAGCAAAGAUGGUAUGGAAGUGGAGAAGUUAAAUGGUGAGAUGAUGAGUUUGACGGAAAAGGCCAAGUCAGCAAGGGUUUCCUGAAGACUGAAGGUCAAUUGCAGAACAAAGUUUAAUUUUAACAAGAGAAGAAGCAAGAUUUUAAAAUAAACCUUCUGUCUCCAUAGAGGCAACAUUUCAGACUAUUUUCCUCCUGCGGUUCAGCAUUUCAUGCUUGAUGCUGAAGACGUUGUAUUAACAGGGUGAUGUCCCUGAGUCCAGCCACCAACAUCCGUUGCAGCUCAAGCUGCAGGUAGCUGAGCCCUAUGACAUGCCAGAAAUCUAGAGAGUCGAUUGGAGAACUAUCCAGGCUCAAGGAAUGUAAUGGUCACAUCACUGGACUAUUAAUCCAAAGAAUUUGAGUUCAAGUCUCACCAAGGGAAUUUGAGAAUUGGAAAUAUUUAAAAAAAUGAUUUUGAUAAAGGGAAUUCUAAAGCUGCUGAAUGUUAGGAAAGUUUCAAUAUGUUUACUAACGUUUUUUAGAGAAGGGAACAUGCUAUCCUUUCUCACACUGGUUCUAUAUGUGACUCCACCUCAAUGUGAUUUAUUCUUAAAUCUCCUCUGAUUUAGCGACUUAACGGUAUCAAAGGCUGCUUCCCAGACAGCAGUGUUUCCAAAAGAAGGCUCACCAACUUUGCUGGGCAUCUAGGGAUGGACAAUAAAUGGCAUCUUUACCAGAUAACAUUUUGAGAAUGAAUUAUUAAUAAAGAUCCCGAUUGGAAGAUUCUUUGCCACAACAAAAACCCUACACAGAACAGCUUUACUCCCUUUAUCUGAUUCAUCUGUUCGAUUUUCUUUCUUCAGUUUAUUUCCAUCCUGUCCUAGAGGCAAUAACUUACUGAGUUUUGUCUGUUGGAUACUCACGGGUCCUUUACAUUGUAGAAGCUCUUCAGCUGCUGCCUCAACGAACAUGAUCUCAAAGUAAUCGAGGAUUCUGCUCCAGAGGUCCUGUGGCAAACCAAGACAAUAAUUAGAGUUAUUAAGAGAGUGUCUGAUGUCUCUCAGAAUGUCCUUCAAUUUAAAGAGAUUUGGGAUCUCUAUUUAGUUCUCCCUUUAAACUUAAUAUUCAGAAUGGAGGACAAUCUGUUUUAACAGCUGAGCAUGUUAGUGAUCUGUAAAUAUUCAAAUAUUGUAUAUUAAAGCAAACUUGAACAUUUUUAAAAUUACUUUUAAAGAUGUAUAGAUUUGUAUUUAAAUGUUGAUGAAUUUCAUAUAUAUCAUUUAAAAUGUACUUUCACAUUUGAAAUUGCAUAAAAUAAAACAAUUAACGUGGA